GUAUAAACCCUUUUCCAAUAUUUCUUUUGGUUAAAGUGUUGACGACAUUGUGAGUUUUGAUAUCGUGGACGGAAUCUUCUGCAACUACUGACAGAUUUCUUGGUGAACUCGAUGUGUGAUAUAUGGAUGACGCUUCCUUUUGAUCUGUAAAACUCAGUCAAGGACAAAGAGAUUUCGGUGUCGUAUGUGUACACAUCUCAAGUGUUCAGAAAACCAAUCUCUAAAGGAACGGGGAAUUCAUCUAGAACACAGAACGAUCAUCAAAGCCCAUCAUUUAUGGGCCCGAAUUUGCAGUUGACGCAGAUAUGACGUCACAUGAGUGAUCAAACAGUGUCCAAAGUGCCUUCUUCAAAGCGUAAACAUUGACCGACGCACAAGAACUACUUUACGCCAAAUCGGCAUGUGGCCAUACAAGUGCCAACUGCUCACGUCUGUGUCUCCCAAUCUGGGCAGCGAAUAGCCCUUCCCCCCCCCCGCGACUCUCCAGGGGUAGCAUGACGUGUUGGGAGGUUUGUGGAUGUACCGCUGAGAGAGGCACACAGGACGACGAUGAAGAAGUUUUUGCAGGGGUUCUCGCCCGUGCCUUUUAGCGCGUCGUCAGAUGAAGAUCGCUCUCCGGAGAGGGCUGAGAGACAGGAGAGAAACGGGACCCCGGAGAAUGGGACAGCUGCAGGUGCCGUGGGUGCCAGCCUCAACAGCCAGAGCCGCUCCGCGUCCGAGGAAGACCGGGGAGACAGCGAGUCGAGCGUGUGGAAAAAUGUCAAGUCUAUCGCCAGCAUGCUCAUGGAAGAGCCGGAAGUCGUGGAGCAGGGAGCCCAGGGACCGAUCGCUGAGGGCGUGGACUACAAACUGGGCCGGCUACAGCUCGGACUUAUCUACGACUUCCAGAACCUGACCUUGACCCUGAGGAUCAUCAAGGCCACUGACCUCCCGGCAAAGGACGUGACCGGGACUAGUGACCCCUACGUGAAGAUUAUGCUCCUGCCGGAUAAAAAACACAAACUGUUGACCAAAGUGAAGAAGAAGAAUCUGAACCCACACUGGAAUGAGUGUUUUCUCUUUGAAG